AGGGGCCCUAGGCGCCUGCGGCAAACCAGACAGUCGGGGGAGAUUCACCCCGGCUAGGUCUGCAGAACACGCGCCCCCCCCCACCCGGGGCCGCACCUCAGGGGCGGCCGGGGGCGAGGCCGUUGCCCCGGGUGUGUGUACUGGCUCCCCUCCGACGCUGCAGCUGGCCCGCCCCGCCGCGAUAGACCCGCAGGCGGCGGCGCGGGCCGAUGACGUCAGCUGGGCGACGCGGUUCCGGUUACUGCGCGAGUCGCCGGUGCCGCGGCUGAGUGGGGGGCGGGCUUUGGAAACGGUCCUGGCCGUUGGAGGCGGGAGCCCCGCUGCAGUCGCGCGCGGAAACAGUCUUGGAGGAAAAAAAAGACUUACUCUACAAAUUCAAGCUUCUUUAGACAAGAUCCACUAAAGCCAUCGGAAAGCAAAUGUCAUCAGAAAUGCCAGCAGAAAAUCCAUUACCCACAGACCUUCCUGAUGUGGAAGAAAAGAUUAAUUCAAAUGACAAUCAAGUCAAGAAAGGGGAGCCAGAAUCGGACAAGGCAGAGAGCAUUGGAGUUAUGUCAAAGAGACAAAUGAAGAAGCUAAUGAAGCAGAAACAAUGGGAAGAGCAAAGAGAUUUACGCAGGCAGAGACGAAAAGAGAAACGCCAGAAAAGAAAACUGGAGCGUCAGUAUCAGUUGGAAUCUAACAAUGAAGGGAGUGACAGGAAGCGUAUACGUAGGGAUGUUGUUCCUAGUACUCUUCGUCUUAUUAUAGACUGCAGUUUUGACAACUUGAUGGUAUUAAAGGAUGUCAAGAAGCUUCACAAGCAAAUUCAGAGAUGUUAUGCAGAAAACCGUAAAGCAUUACAUCCUGUACUGUUUUACUUGACCAGUCAUGGAGGCCAGCUGAAGAACAACAUGGAUGAAAAUGACAAAGGAUGGGUCAACUGGAAGGAUAUCCAUGUUUCAUCAGAGCAUUAUAAUGAACUAAUGAAGAAGGAAGACCUUGUGUAUCUUACAUCAGACUCCCCUGACGUGCUGAAUGAACUAGAUGAGACUAAAGCCUAUGUAAUUGGAGGUCUGGUGGAUCACAAUCACCACAAGGGGAUUACUUACAAAAAAGCACUAGAACAGGGAAUUGGUCAUGCGCAGCUUCCUCUUGGAAAUUUUGUGAAAAUGAACAGCCGGAAAGUACUGGCAGUUAAUCAUGUGUUUGAGAUAAUCCUCUCUUAUCUGGAGAAGAGAAACUGGAAGGAAGCAUUUUUCAGCAUCUUGCCACCGCGGAAAGGGGCCAGUCCUCUGGGCGAAGCCAAUGACUCAUCCAAAUGUGAGCUGCGUGAAAAAGAAGCUGGUGAAGAUAAUAGCUCAGACAGCGACUAAGCAACUGUGGAAGUGGGCAGGAAUGUAAAGUGCAUGUGUCACAAGGGAUAGAAAUAAGACAUGAGUUAGAUUGUUCUCAGAGGUUUCAUCUAUCUAACUAGUGGUAUUUAAUUGUUUAAAUGGCUACGCUUGGAAAGGAGUGGUAAAGAUAAAUGUUAUUUUUACCUUGAAAAUACUUCCUUUUUUUUAGCUUUUUAUAAAGUAAAUUAAUGGCAAAUGCAGAACUUAUUUUGUUAUGGAAGCUAAUAUUUAUUUUCCUUUUGAAAUAUUUUAUUUUAUACAUACAGAACAGUUUUAUUUUAUUUUCUUGAAGCUUGUGAUGGAAGCUAAUAAUUAAUGUGUUAGUAACUGUCCCUAUUUUGUGUAUGUACCCUUGAUAUUUUAUUAUUAUUCUUUACCCACUCCUAUCCUAUAUUAUGUCUUGAAAGCAAUGAGUGUCAAAGGUUAAUGAAUCUGAAAGCUCCUUCUGGCAUUGCCUGUUGCAAAGUGUGCAUAACUUCACUGUCAUUGGGGGCUUUUCUGAACAAAGAAUGGUCUUAUAGUCGCUGAAAAAACAUUGGGAGCCAAGAACUGUGCUCUGGGCCUGCUUUGGACACUUUAAGACAUAAUUUUUUAAAAAACAUCCUCCAUCACAGCACACCUGCCUUCUCUGGCAGGGCUGUGAGUAUUUCAAAAAGAGUUACUCUUCUUACCUGUUGAACUGAAGCUCUCUGUUCUAACUAAAUUUUUAAAAUAGCCAUUUCAAUACUCCUGAAGCAGGCCAAAAGACAGCCUUGCGGGGCAGAAGGUGUCCUUUCACACUAGAGGAGCCAUUCUCUCAUCCCUUUCUGCAGGGACUAUCCAGAAGGGAGCCAGUUAUAGGGUAGCUUUUGGGAUGUGGACAAGUAUCUACUGAGAGCAAUUCUGCAAUCAUCAGUAGACUCCCCAAGAGCUUUUGGAUGAUAGCAACUUCUGGUCACUUGUGGCGUGGGCUGGUUUUGAACAGGUAAUAUAGAUGUAACUAGCUGUGUAUCCAGAUCCUGUCCUCCCUCCACUGUCACCACUUUCAGACUGGGAGUUGAACUGGAAUAUGUGUAGAUGUAUAUGUGGCCUAUAGUUUUACAGGGUUGGCAACAAGCAAAUUAUGAUUUGACAUGUUCAGUGUGGUCAUUUUUAAUGCUUCUUUUAAUAUAAAUUAAUUUUGAGAACUCUUUAGGCAGCCAUCUGAUAAACUACAGUGAAGAUUCAUCUGCCUUAGUUCGUGGACAACAGUUUGUUGCUCAAAUAAAAUACUGUGGUGGGUUUAUUGUGUAGAUAUGCCAAGAGAAAUAUGUUAAAUUUUGUCUCUGAACCGGGAGAAACUUUGGGACAAAAGCAUUGUCUUGUUUUGUUUGAAGAGCCAAAGAAAUGAAAUGCCAGUACCAGUUUCCUCUGUUAAUAAACAAAUGUAUAAAAUAGCAAAGGUACAAAGUGUAUAUAUUACAAUUGAGGUAUUGCAUACUGCUGCACAUAGUAUUCAUUAAAUCUGAUCUAAGCA